GUCGAGGCAUUUUAGAUAGGCGCGCCAGACUUUGCGACUUCUCGGGCUUUAGACUGCGCCCCGGGUACGCAGAGUAGGAGGGGCGAGCUUACGCCCGUGCGUGCGCGCGUGCGCGGGCACGCCGGCGUGAGAGGGCACGGGGAAAAAGGUGGUUUGGGCCGGGGCGGUUCAGCUUCCUGUGGCUAUGUAGCUGUGGGCCGCCAGCCUCUCGGGUUCCCCGCCGCCGUCGUGUCCUGCUCGCUAGCAAUCGCCGCUUCAGCUGCCGCGCCGCGCCAGCACAGAUUCCUCUUCCUCCUGCUCGCCCACCCACGCUCCAAGCCUGCCUGCCCGCCGUGGGAGCGUCCCGGCCGAGCAGUCCUGAGGGGGGAGGGGAAGCCAUUUUGUCCCGACCGAUUCCCCGGAACCGAGUCAGGCGAACGGGAGAGGCCGCAGAGCCGCUGCUGCUGCCCCCCGGAGGCGCCGGAGCGAGCCGCCCGUCGGAGCCUUCCGUGCCAGGGCGCUCUGCCGUCGUCUCCGCCCCUGGAUCCCCUCCCUCGAGCGCGCCCCUUCCCCCCCACCCUGCCCCGAGCCUGCCGGGGCCAAGUAGCCCGGAACCCAAGUAAGAAGGAGCCCGUGGGGGUGAGAGUAGGGAUCGAUCCCGCGGGGCCGCCGGCGGCGAGAGCCGGAGCUGCUGCUCCUCCCGAUGGCGAAGAAGACGUAUGACCUGCUUUUCAAGCUGCUCCUGAUCGGGGACUCGGGAGUGGGGAAGACCUGCGUCCUCUUUCGCUUCUCGGACGAUGCCUUCAACACCACCUUCAUCUCCACCAUAGGAAUUGACUUUAAGAUCAAAACAGUUGAAUUACAAGGAAAAAAGAUCAAGCUACAAAUUUGGGAUACAGCAGGACAGGAGCGAUUUCACACCAUCACCACAUCCUACUACAGAGGAGCUAUGGGAAUCAUGCUAGUGUACGACAUCACCAAUGGUAAAAGUUUUGAAAACAUCAGCAAAUGGCUUAGAAACAUAGAUGAGCAUGCCAAUGAAGAUGUGGAAAGGAUGCUGCUAGGAAACAAGUGUGACAUGGAAGAUAAAAGAGUUGUAUCUAAAGCAAAAGGAGAACAGAUUGCAAAGGAGCAUGGUAUUAGGUUUUUUGAGACUAGUGCAAAAGCAAAUAUAAACAUUGAGAAGGCAUUCCUCACAUUAGCAGAAGACAUACUUCGAAAGACCCCUGUAAAAGAGCCCAACAGUGAAAAUGUAGAUAUCAGCAGUGGAGGAGGAGUAACAGGCUGGAAGAGCAAAUGUUGCUGAGCAUUCUCCUGUUUCAUCAAUUGCCAUCCACCAACCGUUUUUCUCUUCUUGCUGCAAAAUAAACCACUCUGUCCGUUUUUAAUCUAAACAAACAUUUUUUUCCACAUCUUAACAACUAUCUGCCCUCUUUGUUCUUCCAUCUUAUGACUGCUUGCUGACUAUAUAAUUUUCUCCAAACAAAAGUGUAUAGAAGAAUCAUGUCCGUGACUUCAUUUUUAAAUGUACUUGCUCAGCUCACCACUAUGUUUUGGUUGUAUUAUAGUCCAGUUCUUAUCAACAUUAAAACCUAUAGCAAUCAUUUCGAUUCUAUUCUGCAAAUUGUAUAAGAAUAAAAGUUAGAAUUAACAAUUUUAUUUUGUACAACAGUGGAAUUUCUGUUAUGGAUAAUGUGCUUGACUCCCUAUAAUCUGUAGAGAUGCAUUAGCAAAAGAAGAAAAAAAAAAAAAAAAACAGGAAAACACUCUCAUUUCCGCCUUGAACGUUUAAAUGGGGUUAAUUUUGUCCUGUGCCUUAUGUGGAAAGAAACUUUUUUGUUUUUUGUUUCUUUUUUCCUUUUGUUUUGGUGGACGCAUGUGCAGGAGACAUAUCCAAAUGUAACCAUUUUUACAUAUGAAAUUUUUGUGGUUUGCUUGGCUGUGAUUGUCAAUGUAGUGAAUUGAGGACAACAGAUAAUGCAGAAACGGUAACUUUCAUUUGCUGAGUCUCCUUAUAAAGUGGCCUUGCAAUCCAAAUCUGCUCCUGAGAUCUUAACUUCUCCUUGGCCACUUACCCCACCUCAUUGCCUGCAUAUAGUGCUUUAUUUGCUUUUUUUUUUCUUUAUGGUAUAAAAUUUUUUUUUAAUUAAAAAAAAAAAAGGAGAGGGGGGCAAACCAAUGUUUGCUAAGUUUAACACAAAGCACUGAUUUAACUUGCAAGGUGUAAACUCUCAAAUAUACCUACUAACUACUUCCCACUAGCAAAUGUCAGUUCACUGGUGUCUUUCCCUUAUCUGCUCUCUCCCAACUCUCCUUACAUCCUCACCUUCCCCUACCUUCUUUUCCCUAACCUCUUCCUCUCCUUGUUCUCCUAUGUAUCCGUUGAGAACGGAAGAGUUAUUUGCAUGCACUAGUGUUUUCAAUGGAGGGUGAUGUGGUUUGUCUUUCUAAUUAUGUGUAUAGAGUAUUCAGUUCCCCAGUGUAUCAGUUAGCCUAAAUUUACACAGUCUCCAUUUUGGCAACUCCUCUAGCAGGUUGGUAGCCCAGAAAAAAAGUUUGCAAGCUUUUUUUUUUUUUUUUUUUUUUUAAACAGGGCAAGGGUCAAAUUGAACAUCACAAAUUGCCAGUUGUAUUAAGCUUUGGCCUUCCCAAAACAUUUUUUCCAGUGUUAAGAUUGUUUACCUUAAGAUUCAGAAACUCAAUUGUAAUUAGUUAAUUGUAAAAAAACCUUUUGAAAAUUUGAAUUAACAGGGAUUGGAAAAUUGACAGCAAAAAGUACUUCAUGUAAAUAUAAGAUUACUAGCCAUCUUUAGCCCUGCUCCUAUUUUUUCUUAUGUUUCCAGUUGUUUUGCUGCUUUGCUUAUUAGAAUAGCACAAGUUAAGUUCCCUCUGCUGCUGGCAUCCUAAGAUGAUACCUUUGUUGAAAUUAUUGAAUAGCAUGAUUCAUUUCUAGCAGAGGCUGAGUUUAGGACAGCAGCUCCCAUUGAAAUGAAUCUUGCCUUUUCGUGAACAGCAUGUUAAUGCCCUCUUGGCUCAUGCAAACAAGGGAGGAUUUCUGCCAUGAAAAUCCAUGGAUUUUCCAAGUAACACCCUAAAAUGUACCUUUCUGAGCCUCAUAGGUGGGUGUCUGUGGGUUUUUUUCCUCUCAGUUUAAUCAUACUUCCCACUUUUAAAAGCAGCCUUGCCAAAUAUUGUUUAUUUAAAAAUUUUUUAAUAUUGAAAGGGCAGUAUAAAGUCUUCUCCAUGCUUUAGGUUUGAAUUGCUGUAAAAACAUAAUAUUUUCAUUUGAAUCUUUUGUUUCCCUUUUCUCUGGAAUGUAAAGUUGUUUUAUGGUUUUUGAUUUUGCGGGGUGUGGGGAUAGGGAGGUUGCUUUUUUUUUUUUUUUUUUUUUUUUGGCCAUCUUCACUUGGUUAAACCUACUUAAUUGGGUGACUUAAGGUGAGAAAUAAAACACUGGGAUUUUGGGUGAUAGACUGACAGUUUCAUUGUUUGCAUAAUAAUUAUAAUCGGCAUUGUAAAUAGGCAGGAUGUGGCUACCUUUUGUUAAAUCUGCACUUUCUAAAUAUCAAAAAAGGGAAAAUGGAGUAUAAAUCAAUUUUUGUAUAAUCUUUGUUUAAAACAUAAGCUUUUAUUUGCUUAAUAUUAGGGCUUGGCCCCUUUUCUGUAAGUCUAUUGGGCUCUUGUGUAGAUGCUGUUUUCAUCAAACACCGACCCAUUUGUCCAUCCUCUGGUACAGCACUAGCUACAGAUUCGGUUUCAUAUUCUACUUAACAAUUUAAAUAAACUGAAA